GAGAAUCUAAUUAUUCUCCAUCCAGCAGGCACCGCGCUCACAGCCGCCGCAGAGGUUUCCCCUCAAACUGGCAGCUGCGACCAGCACAACGCUUUGAAUGUUGGUGUAUUGAUACAGCGUUACAUGUGAAAGGGAAGAUGAGAAGUGUUCGGUUUCCAAUCCUCUUAGCAGCAUUAUGCUGAGCUUUGUUCAAGCCCUGACAUGCGCUGCGCCCUUGUAGCUCUCCAAAACCCGGAGUCAGCAUCUCUGCGCCCGUUACGCACAGCUGGACGGACUGUCCGCAGCCGGAGCUACAGUCCUUCCACAGGUUGAAGCUGCCCGCUGUAUAAGAUGAAACCCACUCUGUGUACGGGUGUGUGUCUCCUCCCUGGCAGCGGAGUCUUCUCCCCACAUAUCGGAGCUGUACGUGUCGAGGAAUAGCCAUGCAUCUGGCAUAACUUCCUGUUUGGAGUCAAGAGCGCGAUGGCAAUGCACAAGCACUUGCCUCACAGGAGGAGACUCAAGAGCAGUCGCGUCCUCUUCCUCGUCUCAGGUGUGCUGCUGUGUUUGGUCUACACGCUGACUCUGAAGGCCAGGCUGUCAGAGCCCCGGGCCUCCCCCCAGACGUAUGACGCUCUCGGAGCAGAGGCGGGUGAUGUAAAGGUCAACAUUCGGGAGGUGGUAGCAUCCAAUGAGACGGAGGAGGAGGUUGUCUCACCUGAGAGCACCACACCUCCCCUGGUGAUGAUCGUCAACAGGACAGACAUUGAACAGUGUAUCUAUGUAGAUCCACAGCCCCCCAAACCUCCUCCACCGCCAGAAACCACCGCUGCUCCCCCUCGGAGGAAGGGCGAUUACCCAGAGGACAUCUUCUCAGUGGAGCAGCGACAGCAGGGAUGGGUGGCCCUGCACGUCCUCGGCAUGAUCUACAUGUUUGUGGCACUGGCCAUCGUCUGCGAUGAGUUCUUUGUUCCCGGGCUGGAGGUCAUCACCACCAAGCUGCAGAUCUCGGACGACGUGGCCGGGGCCACCUUCAUGGCGGCCGGAGGCUCCGCCCCGGAGCUUUUCACCUCCCUGAUCGGAGUCUUCAUCUCCCACAGCAACGUGGGCAUUGGCACCAUCGUGGGCUCGGCCGUCUUCAACAUCCUGUUUGUGAUCGGCAUGUGCGCCGUGUUCUCCCGGGAGAUGCUGCACCUGACCUGGUGGCCGCUCUUCAGAGACGUCACCUUCUACAUCCUGGACCUGAUCAUGCUCAUCGUCUUCUUCCUGGACAACAUGAUCCUGUGGUGGGAGAGCAUGAUGCUGGUGCUGGCCUACGUCAGCUACGUCAGCUUCAUGAAGUUCAACAGUCAGAUUGAGCAUGUGGUCAAGAGCCAGAUUAACAAGCACAUGAGCAUCGUCAAGGUGUGGACCGCAGAGGAGCCGGAGAAGGAUAGUGAACCUCCACCAGCACCACCUCCCGCUGCUCCCUCUGCUGCUGCUGCUCCUCCUCCUCCUCCUGCACCAAAAGCUAAAGAUAAAUCCAAACGAGAACCUGAACCGCCUCAGAGCUUACCUCAGCCCAUCAAACCCUCAUCCGAGCCACCAGAGGACAGAACAAGACUCAAAGUGCGUCCCAUUCUGCAGCGAGGCGGCAGCUCGGCGUCCCUCCACAACACCUCGCUGAGGAGCACCAUCUUCCAGCUGAUGAUCCACACGCUGGACCCUCUGGGAGAAGAGGCAGCCCUUAGAGGGGCCAUGAAAACCCCCGGCCCGAGGAAAGGCAGAAGAGAGACGUCCUUUAAUGGUGAUGUCAGAGGGGAAGGGUCAGUACAGAGGAAAGCAAAGAACAAAGUAAAGCCUCUGAACUUCCCAGUCACGAGCAAAUUACAGAGCAAGUCAUAUCACCGCCACUCUGAAGAUGGUGAUUGCGAGCCAGCUGAGCCGGCCAGCGUUGCCGGGGCGCCGGCGGCCGCUGGAGCCGAGCCGUCCACCUCCCGGCCUCAGAAGACAGAAGAGACGAGCGAGAAGACGGCGGGCCAGCCAGACGAGUCAAAGGCGGCAGCGGGGGGGUCAGAGGGCUCGGAGGGCAGCGAUGAAGACGAGAGCAGCGGCGAGGAAAGCGGGGACUCCGGUGAGAGUGAAGGUGAUGACGAUGAAAGCCAGGAGGAAGAGGAAAAAGAGGAAGAAGAGGAGAAUGAACCAUUGUCUUUAGAGUGGCCCGAAACCAGACGCAAGCAGGCCACUUAUCUGCUCCUGCUGCCCAUCGUGUUCCCGCUGUGGCUCACGCUGCCGGACGUCCGCAACCCGGCGUCCCGACGGUAUUUUGUCAUCUCCUUUAUCGGCUCCAUCCUGUGGAUCGGAGUGUUCUCCUACCUGAUGGUGUGGUGGGCUCAUCAGGUGGGGGAGACUAUUGGCAUCUCAGAGGAAAUCAUGGGCCUGACCAUCCUGGCGGCCGGGACGUCCAUCCCUGACCUGAUUACCAGCGUGAUCGUGGCCCGGAAAGGUCUGGGGGACAUGGCCGUGUCCAGCUCGGUGGGCAGCAACAUCUUCGACAUCACUAUAGGCCUGCCGGUCCCGUGGCUCAUAUACACGUCCUUACACAACGGCGAGCCGGUUACGGUCAGCUCUAACGGGCUGUUCUGCGCCAUUGUGCUGCUCUUCCUCAUGCUCCUCUUCGUCAUCAUCUCCAUCGCCGUGUGCCGCUGGAAGAUGAGCCGAAUGUUGGGCUUCACCAUGUUCGUACUGUACUUUGUGUUCCUCGUGCUCAGCGUGCUGCUGGAGGAUCGCGUCCUCACCUGCCCCGUUUCCAUCUGAGCCGCGGGGCCUCGCAGCACGCGUACGCUCGGACGGGACCAAUCCUGUCUGCAGGACGCGUUAGAAGAACCGAGCCUGGAGUCCAAAGGCUGACCUGGAGCACGCUAGGGGUGUCCCCGACUAAGAAUUUUCAUAGAUCAGAAUAGUUAAGUCUUGCAUAUCGCCGAUCAUUUUCGCAGUUUCAGCUCAACUAGAAAAGAAGUAGCAGCAAAUAUCUCUCUAUCACUAUCCACAUUCAUAUUUAGACGCAACAGAUGAUAUCCAGCUAUAAAAAAAAGCCAGAAAGUUGGAAGUUAGGAACGGAAGUACAAAGAGCCGUUGCUAUGAAGAUGAUACACCGUCUCGUUGCGUUGGUGGGAACUGGCAGCUUUCAGGACGCUGCAGACCGGCGCGUUGCAAGUAGCUGCAGAUUUCAGCUCGUCUCGUAGCGAAUCUUUGCUCGGGACUGGGCUCUCCGCCUCGGCAAAGAUUUGACUGAGACUGGCAGUUGAAUCCCGCUCCUUAGAUCGACGCAUCGAAUGUACGACUAUUCGGGGUCACCCCUAGUAAGGAACACUAAACGAGCAGUGAUUUUUAAAGGGAAAAAAAGAUCCACCCUCAACAUAGUUUAACAUUACUAGUCUGUGAUCUUCAACGUUUUCCAGCAGCUACUUUGUGAUAACGGUGUCCAAAAAAUGUACCUUCCGCCAUUUUAUGCGUCUGAAUUGUGUGAAAUGUAUUCACAAUACAGUACGCUAAAAAAAACCAGUGGAGUGAUUUCGAACACAACCGUGUUUUGCAAAAUUAUCCUCUGCCUUCUCUACUUCAGAAAUUGGGUUCCUACAUUUCCCAGAAUGCAUUUAUGCAAUCCCUUUGAGAGUAAUAGGUAAUUAUGCUGCAUUCCAGACACAUGUUUUAGCCCGUAAAGUUACGACUUCAGGUUACGACUCACGACUUGCAAGCGUUCCAGGCAAAGUCACAACAAACCCUUCUAGCUAGCGCUAGCUAAUGCUAGCAAUUUCUAGUUGGCGACAUAUUUUGGGCUUCAUUUAAUAGGCAUAACCUGUAGUAGGCACAAUUGUGCGUGUAUUGUUUUGAUUACAAUGUGCGGAAUUACUUUACGUUGCCUAUUUAUUUCUACUUCUCACCUUAAUCACCGGAGUCUGUACAGCAUCAACAGGGGUCCCCACUGUUGUUUAUGGGUGUGUGACGUGUGACUAACGAUCUGCUAGGAGUUCACAGGUAGUGAGCUACGGGUUUGACUGUCGUUCCAGGAGACUUUCACUGUUUAGAAGGUUGUGAAAACACGAGUUACGGGUUGCCUGGAACGCAGCGUAAAUCUUAAUGGAAAAAGCAAAGUGUGUAGACGGUGUAAUCAGGUUUCGCAGUCAGGCUCAAAUCUCGGUCACCGCAGUAAGUCAUUUUGCUCUGGAAAAAAUAAAAAAUAAGCUGCAACACACUAGCAUUGUGACACAAAUCCAGGGUUUUUCAUGCGUAGAGAAAUUAUUGGCGCCCCUUACCAGCAACUUACCAAACAAGCGCUGAACAAGCAGAACAUAAACUUGAAUGUUAGCGCUAAUGUCAGUUUUAUCUCUAGAGUCGAGCUGUACCGGACUCCUUUAAAUAUUAUUUAUAAACCAGUUUUGUUCAUUGGGGCUUUAUUUACUCAAGCAUAAAAUACCUUUUUGUUUAUCAAAAUGUCAGAAAUAACAGGUAACUGUAAAGAUUUCUGUAGGUAACACAGACUCAUUUACUGUACUCAUACUGGUCAUGCUCACUGUGGUGCAUAAUGACCCCCCCCCAUCAAAACACCCACAUUCAUUGUUUCAGAGCUCCCACACAUUUUCACUCCAAGUGCACUCUGGCUUUGUUUUACAAAUCUGUUCCGUUAGCUAUGGAGGGGAGAGAGAAUAGGGCUGACCCAGAGCUUCACACGCAUUCAAGAUAAUUGCAAACAGAAAAAGUUGUAAAUGUGUAAUCUGUAUUAACAUCAUAUGCCAACAAUGAUCUGAUUAAUAAUAAAAAGCUAGUGUGUACUUUCUCUUUAAACUUAUUACAAUGCUUGCAGUGCAUUUGUCUUUUCCCUGGGUUUAGAAAUGAGUUCUUUCACCUUUUCUGCCAUAGUAGCAGCUAGGCGAGCAUUAUAACAUAAUUAUAUAAUUAUAGCGUUAGAACGUUUGUCACGGAAGUAAAGGCUGGACUACAGUAGAGCUGUUUGGAGCAGGUUGUGAACAGUGUUUUCUGUUGGAGAUGGUACGUCCCUUUGGGGGGGGACUUUGGGCUUUUUCACUUUGACAUGCACAAAAAGAUAUAUAAUACAAUAAAGGAAAGGGGAAAAAACAAAAAGCAUAAUAUGAACACUUUACCAAACGGUUUUAGAUAUGUUUUCUGCUGUAAGAGUCCUCUGUAGCUGCUGGAAAUAUCUGGAUGGGACUGCACAAUUAGCUACAACAAAAAUAAGAAAAGCACACAAUCAAACUGAACCAGAAAUGCAACGAACACAGAACAUCACCACUGGCUGUUUUAAAAGAGUUUUCGAGUGUCGAGUUUUCGUUUUAAUAUUUCAUGAUGUUGAUGAAUGUUGAAUGUUGGUGACUUUAACACGUUAACUAAAUACACUACAGCAGUGAAGGUUUCAGAUUUACUGCGCAGCAACUUAAAACUGCUGGACGCAACUUCAGUUUCGCAUGUUCAGUAUUAACUCAUGAAGUCAGUUCUGUGUUUAAAGUCGUGUUUGUUCAGUGUAGAAAAGAAGGUUUUUGUGUGAACAAAUAUUUCAUUUUGUCAACAUAACUGUGGUGGAGACAAACUGUGAUUGUGUGUGUUAGCUGUGAGAAAACGGUGAGUGGUGUCACAUUGUCAGACGUUACGGUCUUGUUAAAUGCUCUCGUUGGAUUAAAGUGGAUGCAAACAUGUAUUAUUGAUAGGAAAACUAUCAGCAUUUCAAAUUCAAAUUCCAUGCUGCAAUAAAUUAUUUUUUUAACAGUGAA